AUGGUAUUCAAAGUACUUUCCGACUAUGGCAACGUCCUCGACUAUGGUAUCCUUCGCGAUUAUGAUUCUCACCUCUUCAUGGGCAAAGGCUAUGCCACUCUGGAAAUUAAUAAUGCCAAAUCUGGUACAACUCCAUUACGCCACACAGUUGCAUGGCCCAAUUCAGACGACCUGUUUCAUGUUACGUGGGCAGAAAUGCCGCUCCAUUGCCUUCAUUGCCAUCAAGCUGGUCACGCUACAUCUGCAUGCCCUAAUCGUGCUACUCGUUCUCGUGUUUGUUGGUCAUGUGGCCAAACAGGCCAUCGCGCCGCUAAGUGUCUCAACCCGUAA